AUGAGGUGCUACAAGGCACGGAGAAACAAGAAGGGCAAAGGUGAUGCGGCUGUCGUUCCGGAACGAAAGAGAGGUAUCAUUGUCAAGACGGAAUGCCUUGUCCGGUGUAAGCUGAACGUAGAUGGAGCACAGUGGGUGGUCACUGAAUAUUUUGACGAGCACAACCACGAGCUAAUAAAGAAGUUUGACCUGGUAAAAUUUCUGACCGCACACAGAGGAUUUACCCCCCUCGAGAAGAAAUUCAUAAAGCUGCUACAUGAUUGUAACGUCGGUCCAUCAAGAAUGGUGCAGAUACUCUCCCCCACCCACAGCAAAAACGGGUCUCUGAGUAGCAUGCCCUACCUACCAGCAGACGUCACAAAUCUAAAGGCAAAGUACCGUAGAGAAAGCAAGUUGGCCGACAUAGAAGCCACAAUAGCCUACUUCGAUGAGAAAGCGAAAGAAGAUCAAGAUUUCUUCUGCAGGAUAAGAUUGGACGAUGAGGACCGUGUCAGGAAUAUGUAUUGGGUGGAUGGUGCUACAAGAAGAACCUACAAAUAUUUCCGAGACUGCAUUUCUUUCGACGCGACAUAUCUCACUAAUAUGUACAAGAUGCCAUGCGCUCCAUUCAUAGGAAUAAAUAACCACAAUCAGUCAUUGCAGUUCGGAUGCGGGCUCGUUCGGAACGAAGAAACGGAUGGGUACGUUUGGCUGUUCAAGACCUUCUUGGAGUGCAUGGGUGGACUUGCUCCGAUGAAUAUAAUAACAUACCAGGAUUUUAGCAUGCGUGCAGGCAUAGAGGAGGUCUUUCCGUUGGCAGUGCACAGGCACUGCAGGUGGCACAUUAUAAAGAAGGUUGUGGAGACACUAGGACCGUUCUUUACUGACCGUCCAGGCCUGCACAAGGCAUUCAAGCUGUGCGUGGACCACAGCUUGACGGUGGAGGAGUUUGAAAGGAGCUGGAUGGCUAUGAUUGAAACAUAUCAAGUCCAAGACCACGAGACGCUUGCUAGCUUGUGGGAGAAGCGAAUGUACCGGGUGCCGGCCUACUUCAUGUAG